AUGAACGGACUUACGAGAGGUCUGCGAAGGUCACUGGUGACCGGCGUUAGAAGCCAGUUCUUCUCGAAAAAUAACGCUUUUUCAUCAGAAAUUGGCAAAGACAAAUCAGAGCUCAUUUACAAAAUUCAAAGUCACCGAGUGAAGCCAGAAGACCAGCAAAAUUACCACGAUCUUCUGGACGAACACAUCCUCAAUUUGCACAAUGACGAGAAUCUACCGCAAACCCUUGUUGGCUCCUUCCAGGUCACUUUUGGCACUGAAGAUGAGGUGAUCCACAUUUGGAAGUACUCGGGCGGAUAUGGCGCGCUGCAGAAGAGCGAAUUUAAUGUUGAGGCGAAUUCUAAAUACAGAGAAUACCGAGAAGAACGACGAAAGUUUUUGCGGUCUCGGCAAAACCAGAUCUUGGUCCAGUUCGGACACAUGCCUGAUCCAGUGCCAAGAGCAGGGAAUUCCACUUACGAAAUGCGCAGCUACAAGCUCAAGUCAGGCAGCAUCGGCGAGUGGCAUUACAAUUGGGCGAACAUUGGCCUCAAAUGCCGAUCGCCAGAGGAGGUUGUUACUGGCUUCUUUACAAAUGCUGGGCCACUAAACUUGGUCCACCACCUCUGGUGCUACAAAGAUCUCAAGGAUCGAGAAGAAACUCGUUCAAAAGCUUGGAAUCAUCCUGCCUGGGCAACGCAUGUUCGAAAUACAACCCCUCUGAUCAAAAGCUUCGAAACGAAGUUGAUGACUCCUCUUCCCUGGUCACCACUCCAGUAA